CAGAGCCUCAACGACAACCACCGCUUUCGACUCCUCACCCAACAGCAAACCAUUACACAGUCACAUCCAACACUAAAUGGCUCCCCACUCGACCACCAUCGACACUGCCCACAUCAAAGCCACCGCUCAAAGAGACCUUCUAGACCUUCUUGUUGCUGUACGCGGGAAGAAGACACUCAUCCUAGAUAAAUCGUUAAGCGGGCCUGUUGGCUUGUUUUGCAAGUUUUCUGCUUUGCAAGAUCAUGGUGUCGACAAGAUAUUUUGGUUAGACGAGAAUGUUGUUGCCGAUCUCACGCAGAAGAAUAUCGUAUUCCUCGUACGGUGCACGGUCAAAAAUGCCCUCAAGAUAGCUGCACAUGUCAAGAAUAACGCGAAAAUUCCGGGCCAGCAAUUCGAAUAUAAUGUCAUGUUUGUUCCUCGGCGGACACUCGUUUGCGAGAAGAUCUUGGAAGACGAAGGUGUUCUAGGGGACUUGACGAUCGGGGAGUUUCCGCUUCACUUUAUACCCCUUGAGUCAGACCUCCUCUCCUUGGAGCUUGAAGAUGCCUUCGAAGAACUAUACCUCCGCAAGGAUCACACAUCCAUCUUCUACUCUGCUCGCGCACUUAUGAACAUACAACGUCGGUAUGGGCUUUUUCCGCGAAUAAUUGGCAAGGGGGACUGUGCAAGACGCCUUGCAGAUGCUCUGAUACGAAUGCGCGGCGAGGAGGACGCUUUAGAUUCUAGUUCUAGCCCGUUCGCUUUAGCGCCAAGCAGUGUUCUUGGUGAAUUGAUUGUGGUGGAUAGGGAAUCAGACUUUAUGACCCCCCUACUGACACAGCUGACUUACGAGGGGUUGAUUGAUGAAACAAUUGGGAUUCACAACUCAAAGAUAGAAGUGGACUCUUCGCUCGUUGGAGGCCCUCAGCAGUCAGGCGUUACCGCAGCAUCUUCUUCAUCUGCCAGUCCUGCCGCUACCUCAUCGCAACAAAAGAAAAAACCAAUAUCCCUCAACUCGGAAGAUAAGCUCUUUGAGAAUCUUAGAGAUACAAACUUUGCGAUUGUAGGAAACUUAUUAAACAAAGUUGCUAGGAGGUUGAAUGAUGAUUACGAGGGGAGGCAUCAGGCGAAGACGGUUUCCGAAAUAAGAGAGUUUGUGGGCAAACUGGGGAGCUUGCAGCAAGAGCAUCAGUCGUUGAGACUGCAUACAGGCCUAGCAGAGGAGAUCAUGAAACAUACUAGAUCAGAUAUUUUUAAUAGGAUAUUGGAAGUUCAGCAGAAUCUCGCGGCAGGAGUAGAUCCAUCUAGCCAACACGAUGCGAUAGAGGAAUUGAUCGCCCGCAACGCCCCUCUUGAAUCGGUCCUCCGCUUGCUCUGCGUUGAAUCCCUUGUUGGCCAGGGGCUAAAACCCAAGGACCUGGAUAACUUCAAGCGGGAGAUUCUUCAGGGCUAUGGCUACCAACAUGUCCUUACUCUUGCCGCCCUUGAGAAACUCCAACUCCUCCAAUCUCGGACAUCAAUAACAUCCUCCACCUCAACCCGAACCAACUAUGCAACCCUGCGAAAAUCUCUCAAGUUAAUAGUCGACGAGGUAAAUGAACAAAAUCCCGAUGACAUCGCAUAUGUCUACUCAGGAUAUGCUCCUCUCAGCGUCCGUCUCGUCCAGUGCGUUAUCCAGAAGCCCCUCAUGACUCGUGGCCGACGGGGCGAAGACCCUUCGACACCUGCUGUGGUUGGCACUGCUGUGAACUGGGCUGCUACCGGUUGGCGUGGAUUCGAAGACGUGCUUAAGAAUGUGAAGGGAAAGACCUUCGACGAGUUACAAAGGGGCGAAGAGAAGGCUGUUAGAGCUAGGAACCUACUUAAUGGGGCGAACGAGAAGAAAGUUACGGUUGUAUUCUUCGUAGGAGGGUGCACAUUUACGGAAAUUGCAGCGUUGAGAUUUGUUGGACGGAGAGAGGAGGAGAAGAGGGAGAUUGUUAUUUGCACUACAGGAAUUAUUAGCGGUGAUAGGAUGAUGAGAGCUGCUAUGGAGAAAUAAUGAAGUAGUUCUAUGGCGACAAUGAUGAUUUACGGGGAAUUGGAUCUGUA